ACACACACACACACACACACACACACACACACACACACAUAAUUUCACAUACACACACAUAUACAUACAAUCAAUCUCUCACUCGUAUAUCUUUCUACUUCUUUAUCUAUCUUUCUAUCUUUCUACCUACCUACCUCUCUACCUGUCCAUUUACUAUAUCUUAAUUCACUCGGCCACAAUCCAUAAUAUAAACCAUGGGAACAUCACACUCGUCAUCGCGUACAUCCAAGGAUUCUUCCGCAGGAAGUUCAGGCCAACAUCAGACCUACAGUGGCAGCAAUAAUAGCAAAUACUCUUCGCGCAAUAACAGUGGCAUCGCACUCGAUCGUCAGCCAAGCAGUUCCUCACCACAUCCAUCCACCCACGGCAACGGCAGCCAUUCCUCGUCGCUCCAGAAGGCAUUGAGCAGGAGACGCUCCUCCAAUAGGACUGAGUCCAGCUCGAGUCAUGGCUCCGCCUCCCACAGCCACAGCCAUCACCACCCUUCGCAGCAGCUGCCAAGUCAUCAGGAGGAGGGCGAGGAUGAGUUCAAAUGGCAUAACGGUCGCCGUUACCACAACACAUCCAGCCUCUACAUGUUGCCAAAUGACUCCCAGGAAGUUGACAGACUUCAUAUGCAGCACUAUAUCUUCAAGGCGGCCCUCGACAAGAAUAUCCAUGUGCCUAUUCCGGACAAUGGACGUGUAAUCGACUUUGGCUGUGGACCUGCUACGUGGACAAUGGAUAUGGCAACCGAUAUGUCGACGAUCAACUUUGUGGGCGUGGAUAUCUCGCCCAUUUACCCAACAGCGAUCUUUCCCCGGAACUGUAAUUUCUACAACGAAGAUAUUCUGCAGGGGGUCUCUCAACCGGACGGGGUCUUUGACGUGGUCUUCCAACGCAACGUGACCUGCGGAUUCACAUUCGAGCACUGGCAAAAGGCGAUGAAGGAGGCCUACCGGGUACUGAAGCCCGGAGGAUACUACGAAUGUGUAGAAUCGGAUGUGACGAUCCAGGGAGCAGGGCCACAGACGAAUUUGGUGUUUGAGCAACUGAGGAUGUCGAUGGCGGUACGGAAUGUGGACCCGUCGAUUGUGAGAUCGCUGGAUCGACUCAUGGCAGCGGCCGGGUUCAAGGAGGUGUAUGUGAAGGAGUAUGCGAUCCCGGUUGGCGAAUGGGGCGGGAAGGUCGGACAGCUGUGGAAGCAGAAUAUGUUUGCGAUCUUGGAUACGGUGCAACCACACCUGGCAAAGACGGCGAGGAUGAAUGAAGGACAGGUGCAGGAUAUCGUCAGCGCGAUGCAUCAGGAGACGAAUUCGUACAAGGCACAUCAAAUCGUGUAUGUUACCUAUGGCAGGAAACCGCUGUAGUUCGUUCUUUAUUUUAUUUUUUUAUUUUUUAUUUUUUUUUCCCUUCUUAGAUCGAUCUACGGUCUUUAUUAUC